AUGAUGGAAAAUGAAGAUAAUGAUGCCAGAAUUAUUAAAUCCUAUCGUGCCAAAAUUGUUCAAUUGGAAAGACAGGUUCAAUUAUUAACGAAAUGUACAAAUAUCAAGGCAGAGGCAGUCACGGAUAUUGAUAACUUUGUUCUUGAAAUAGUUGGAGAGGAAGAGGAUUCUUCUCCUAUAGAAAGAUCUCAUUUACGAAAAUGGGGUAAAAUGUUGCAAGAAAAGAUUCGAAACUAUAAUAUUCUGACAAAACAAGCAGAAAAUCAAAAAUAUUUUAUGGAAUGUAAAUACUCAGGAGGUACUGAUUCAGUUCAAAAUGUUUGCAAUUACUCUAAGAAUGAUGAUAUACCUUAUCUCGAAGUGUCAACAGUUUUGGAGUUGGAAAAUGAUUUGACUCACGUGUACAGAAACUUGUAUAGAUUAAGAACUCAGCUUAAUGCUAACAAAAGUCAAGUCAAAGAUACUAAUUUUUUACUAUUGACCGAUAUUACAAUUAACAACAUAACAAAAGUACUGAAUGAGAUGGUAGAGCUCUCUUUAGUAUUGCCAAAGAAAGUGAAAGGUUCUUCCGAGGAGGUUAGCUCUUCAUAUGGUCAAUAUUACAACCCAAUGAAUAUGAGUUCCUCUGAAAUGAUGUCAAAAUUACCAAGAAUAGGUAAUUCUAAAACCUCAAAAGAAGUUGAGGAUGCUAUCAAACAGUUUGUAAAAGCUUUCCAUGCUCAAAAGACUUUAUUUGAAUUGGAUUUGCAAAUGAAACAGGAAGAGUUGAACAUAAUGUCAAAAACAAGUACAUUUUAUAACUCCUAUUUUUCAGAAAUGCUAAAAGAAAUCGAACAAAAGUAUAAUGAUUUUACAGGUCAAGUUACACCUAGUUCUGUGAGCUCAAAGUCUGUUAAUCAAGAAAUUAUUGAAGAUAUUGUACAAUCAUUCGAAGAUUUUGAUAGAGAAAGUAAUGAGGAAAACCUGAGACACUUUUUAAUGACAUUCAAGGACAAUAUAUACUCACUGCAAGAGGAUAAAUCAGAACCGACCAAGAAGAAGAAUAGACCUAAUGUCACUGCAAAAAGCUAUUAUGAAAGGUUUAAAGCACACGUAGAGGAAAUUCAAACUGAGUUUUUAAUUAGAAAGAAUGAGUUUAUUGAGAAAAUGUACAACCUCAAUCCAGAAGUUGAAAAAUAUGAACACAUUGAGCCAUUUAUCAGCUAUACUCCUUAUGACAAUAGCUCUUCAAUGGCCAAGAAACAAUCAGUUAAAAAGAGGCCUACCUCUUCUUCUGUGAAUUCGUCUGUUAGUAGUCUGAGAUCUUCCUCUAUGAGAGGCUCCACUGUAAUUAACCCUAUGAGAAAGGAAAUUCCAUUGAUGAGAAAAUCCAAUCUUCCAAGCAUUUCUGAUAGUAGUCCAGAUUUGAAUAUCAAAGAAUUCAAAGAGGUAAAGGAGAUUAGAGAUGUUACACCAAAAGUUGGAAGCAGCUCAAACAGUACAAACUCUAGCAAAGUAUCACAGAAUGCUAAUGUGAAAGAAUUAGCUCAAAGAGUGGAAGAUCAAAGGAGAAAAGUUGAUGACCUUUCAGAAAAUUUGAUGAAAAAGAGUCUCUCAGAUAUGCAAAAAUUUGCAUUACAAAAACAAUUUGUAAGUACUUUGAAUUGUAUUUAG